GCUGUCCCCAGCCACCAUCUAGGGUCCCCUGCACUGAAGACCAUGAGGAAGCUGCAGUUCUGGCUCACCAUCCUUGCUGGCUUCUCAAGGAUCAUGGCCCAGGAAGAUCUGUACCGAAAGGUGUUUGUCUUCCGGAAGGACCCUAGUGAUGCCUAUGUGCUCCUGAGGGCGCAGGCAGAGCAGCCACUGCAGAACUUCACCGUGUGCCUGAGGUCCUACACAGACCUCACCCGGCCCUACAGCCUCUUCUCCUAUGCCACCAAGGCCCAGGACAACGAAAUCCUUCUCUUCAAGCCCAAGCCUGGCGAGUAUCGGCUGUACGUGGGGGGCAAGUUUGUGACCUUCCGCAUCCCCGAGGGCCGUUGGGACUGGGAGCAUGUCUGUGCCAGCUGGGAAUCAGCCACUGGCCUCACUGAAUUUUGGUUCAACGGGAAGCCGUGGCCCCGCAAGGGGCUGCAGAAGGGCUAUACGGUGAGCGCCGAGGCUGUGAUCCUGCUGGGGCAGGAGCAGGAUGCCUACGGGGGCGGCUUUGACCUGUACAACUCAUUCACAGGCGAGCUGGCAGACGUAUACCUGUGGGACAUAGCACUCUCACCAGACAAGAUGAGAGCUGCCUACCAGUCCCUGCGCCUGCCGCCUGCCAUCCUGGCCUGGAAGAGCUUGAGCUAUGAAAUGAAGGGUGACGUGGUGGUGAAACCCAGGCUGCGGGAGGCUCUGGUGCUAUAAAAACAAGCCUGAUCCAGGGCUGGAACAGCCUCAGCCCCCAACAUCCCCCCACUGUCUGAUCUGUCCCAUCACCCACUUUACCUCCAAAGACUGUCCAUACCUCCAGAUGAACAUGCCAUCCACAUGCCUCAGCCUGGCACACACCGGCACGGGGAAGAGAAAGGCUGUGCAACAUCCCAGAGGACAACAGCUCCUGGUGGGAAGAGGGCCAAGAGCACCCAGCUCAGCAGGAUCCUACGCAACAAGGCUCAGAACAGAGGUGGGCAGGAUUGGAAGCAUGCCACCUCAAGCCUAGAGAAUAUGGGCCAUUUCACAGCCUGGCAGGUUCCCCCAUCACUCAGUGAGGCAUGACCUCUGCCUGCCUCAACUCACCUGGAUUCACUGAGCCCCAGCACCUGUCACUGACCUGUCACCUCUUCCCCAGAGCCUUGGAGACCCCUUCCCUUCCCAAAACCAGCCCCGAACUGGCUCUGGCUCCCUCAGGAGGCCCCAUUGGCCUUAGGAUGGCUUCCACAUGUCCAAGUGAACACCACAGCCCUGCAAAGAGUCACUUUCUGCUCCUCUUCAGCAAAGGAUAUCAAAACUGACAUUAAAACCUUCUUCAAACACGUGAGGAACAAGAAUGCUGCCAGGGAGACUGUGAUCAGGAUGAAAGGAGCAGUGAGAGAAGAAAAGGCAGCUUCAGAGCUGUUGAAAGAAUGAUUUGCGUGAACAUCAGCCAGGGACAAGGCUGGGGAGAUUCCCACCCUGAAUCCUGCCCAAGGCCAAGGGCGCUUAGACUGAGCUGAAAUUGGGGGCUCUGUACAAGAGGGGAUGGGCUAAACCAACUGGAUGAGCAUGAAUAAAUCACCAGGACCAGAUUGUAUCUCCUGGGAGCUGUAAGGCAACCUGAGGAUACAACAGCCAAAAA